UAUGGCCCUGCCUGAAAGCUUGACGGCGGCUGCAGACCAUCACUCAGGACAGUCGUCUGAUCUCGACAUCUGCAAUCCCAAGAUUGUUCACCGUAAUCGUCUUCCAGCUCGUUCCUACUGGAUCCCAGAGAAGUCCCUCCUUCUGAAUGGUACAUGGGGUUUCGUAUACUCCCCGACACCUAAGCAUGCGCCGCAUCCCAGCUUGUACUCCGACGGUCUCAGCAGCCUUGUGGAUGCUCUCACGGUUGACGGAAAUGAGGGCCAGACUGCAGACAUCAAAUGGUCCUCAAUCACUGUUCCAGGACAUUGGCAGUUGCAGGGUUAUGGCAAACCCCAUUACACCAACACAGUCUAUCCAUUCCCAGUAUGCCCACCAUAUGUACCCACGGAGAAUCCCACGGGAACCUAUCGUCGCAACUUCUUUGUUCCAUCUUCUUGGUCCGAGGACUCUCAGAUUCGGCUCCGAUUUGAUGGCGUUGACAGUGCUUAUCAUGUCUAUCUCAACGGGCAGAAGGUCGGCUAUUCUCAAGGCUCAAGGAACCCUGCAGAAUUUGACAUUACCAACUUCGUGAACCGUGGAGAAGAUGUGAAUCGUCUAAUUGUCAAUGUCUAUCAAUGGUGUGACGAUCAAUGGUGGCUUUCAGGAAUCUUCCGCGAUGUGCAUCUGAUAUGCUUCCCAAGCAAGACCCGCAUUGAGGACGUUUUCAUCAAGACAGAGCUCGAUGGAGGAUACCGAGACGCGAAGUUGCACGUUGAGUUGGACCUCACAAUACACGAGACAACAGAAGCAAUGCUCUCUCUGCGAAGCCCCAACGGCUCUUCCAUCAUCAAUGAGAAGAUCCAGCUCUCCGCUGAUGCUUCUCACAGCCCACACGUGUUUACUGUAUCGAACCCUGUCAAGUGGACGGCAGAGGCACCGCAUCUCUACAGUCUGGAGAUAAAUCUGCUAGAGCACAACUCUGACGCUCCCACUCAAACUGUCAAGCAACGAGUUGGAUUCAGAAAUGUUGAAAUCAUCAAAGGCAACAUCAGCGUCAAUGGCAAGCCACUUCUCCUGAGAGGCGUCAAUCGUCAUGACCAUCACGCGUUGUUCGGUCGAGCCGUACCAUUGGCCUAUAUGAGAAGAGAUCUGAUGAUCAUGAAGCAACAUAAUGUCAAUGCUCUACGUACCUCUCAUUAUCCCGCAAACCCGAAGUUGUACGAGCUGUGCGACGAACUCGGUCUCUGGGUUAUGGAUGAAGCGGACCUCGAAUGUCACGGGUUCUAUGACGCUGUUGAACGACCUCUCAACUUACCUCCGGAUAUGGGCUACGAGGAACGCAAAGAGCACACCUUUGCCAAGGCAGCCAAGUUCACGAGUGACAACGAAGAUUGGAAAACUGCUUAUGUCGACCGCAUGGUGCAGUUGGUGGAGAGAGACAAGAACCAUCCAUCUAUCAUCAUGUGGUCUCUUGGCAACGAAGCCUUCUAUGGUCAGAAUCAUGUCACCAUGUAUGAAUGGGCCAAGUCCAGGGACCCAGAACGUCCGAUUCACUAUGAAGGAGAUGUGAAUGCAGCAUCUGCCGACAUGUUUUCCUACAUGUACCCGCCAAUCGAAAAACUGAUUGGUCACGCGACAGAAGAAGGCGACGACUUCAAGAAGCCUAUCGUACUCUGCGAAUAUGGUCAUGCCAUGGGCAAUGGCCCAGGUUUACUUGAGGACUAUCAAGAGGCUUUCCGCAAAUAUCGCAGACUUCAAGGUGGCUACAUCUGGGAGUGGGCGAACCACGGUCUCCUCAAGACUGAAGGUGACAAGCAGUUUUACGCCUAUGGUGGUGAUUUCGGAGACGUGCCCAACGACGACACUUUUGUCAUGGACGGGCUUCUGUUCAGCGACCAUACACCAAGUCCAGGUCUGACUGAGCUGAAGAAGGUCAUCGCUCCUGUUCGAGCUUGGAUUGAGGGUAAAAAGUUGGUGAUCAAAAACGAGUUCGAGUUCAUCACUUUGGGCCAUCUAAUCGCUGACUACAAGGUCGAGGUCCUUGGUAUCCGACCUGACCGUGUCCUGUCUGGUCCGAUCCAGCUUCCUCACAUUGAUCCUGGUACUGAAGCCAAGAUUGAUUUGCCCGGCGAGAUUUUCGACCUGCAUCGACCCAAUGGUACAGAGUUGUGGUUGACCGUUGACUUCCGUCUUGGUGUUGCGACCCCAUGGGCAGAGGCUGGUCACAGCAUCACAUGGUAUCAGACUCGGCUUUCUGCCAAAGACGACGAUCACACCUACGGCAUCGAAAGACCCAUCAUGUCAAGCGCCAUCACUGCCCACGAAACGCAGCUGCACUACCGAUUCAUUGGUUGUGACUUUCACUUCAACUUUUCUCGAGCCAGAGGAACACUGGUCGAGUGGGUGUAUGGAGGCAGAUCUGUUCUCAAGAAGCGCGAGAUUCCUGAUGACCCACUGCUCGCUCUGGACUUCUGGCGUGCGCCAACCGACAAUGAUGCCGCCUCCAUGAGCAAGGAGUGGAAGCGUUACGGUCUCGACUCCAUGACACCCCAGCUCCGCAGCUUCGAUCUCGAAGACGAUGGCCCCGAAAAAGCUCGCCUGACCGCUGUAUACUACUACAGCCCACCAGUUCUUGCCUGGGGCUUUACCGCCAAAGUGACCUAUGAAAUCUCCUCUGCAGGUCAGUUGUCCGUCAAAAUUCACUUGACACCCCGAGGCAAUGCCCCCAGCACACUCCCCAGAGUAGGUCUAAACCUCCAACUCGACUCCUCCUUCAAGCAAGCAACCUGGUACGGCAAAGGGCCCGGCGAAUCCUACAGCGACAAGGCAACCUCGCAACAAAUCGGCAUCUGGAACUCUACAAUUCGUAACCUGCAAACUCCCUACGAGGUACCCCAAGAGAACGGCAAUCGCAUCUCUACACGCUGGGUAAAAGUUUUAAAUGAACAGGGCCUGGGCAUUAAAGCCACGUAUAUCCCUGGACCACAAGAGAAAGAGUUCUUCCAGUGGGCGUGUUGCUUGCAUGAUGCAGAGGUGCUGGAGAAAGCCAGACAUCCUUGCGAUUUGGUGGAAAGAGUAAGUCCGCUUUGGAGGUUGGAUGCUGAUAAUGCUGGUGUUGGCACUGCAGCUUGUGGACCUGGUGUCAAGAAGGAAGAUCAGGUGGAGUGUAGAGAAAGGGAGUUUACGUUUGUGCUUGAGCCUGCUAUAGACUUU